AUGAACGAUAAUUCGAAACUCGCUCUUGCAUCUCAGCUUGGCGACCUCCUAGCUCGUCUGCCGCUCAACCAGCCCGAUCAAUGGCUGGAGAUCCAGCGAACAACGCAGAAACUGGCUGAUGACCUCCGGGUCAAGGAUGUUCAACAGCAAACAGCAUUAGGGAAGACGCUCCUCCCGCAAACGCUUACUUCUCUUAUAAAGAGCGCUAUCGGCUCGGACGGUGCUGGUGUUACUGAUGCAUCGCACAAGUCAGCGAUGUUUGAGAUCCUCCGGGUUGGCGCAAACCUGUGUAUGGACCACGAUGAAAAUAGAGGUCAUCUGCUAGAGGCCGGAUUCCCGCAAACGGUGGUCACUUUGCUGGAAGGUUAUGCGGACAGAGUGCCCUCUGAUUUCGCAGGACCCAUGGCUCUGUCCAUGCAGGACUUGAAAGUUGUCAAAACUUCGAUCGGAUUCCUGCUCAAUGUCAGCAUUGGAUACGAGGCGGUGAAGUUCCGGCUCAUUUCAUUAGAGGCCGCUAUGACCAUUCUUAAGUUGUCGAUGGCUAUCUAUCCUCCUGGGUCGUGGCUUUCCUCGCACGUCUUCUUGGGUCCCGAUCUACAAACUGAAGAAGACAUUCUGGAGUCAUGGAACCUGCGAAGUGGUUUGUCGAACUGGGCUUGGAGGGCAAUCUCUGAGCUGCGUGACGACGGGGAGGAGAAUGCCCAGUCGCGAUCACUCUUCGGGCCAGAUGCACUCCCAUUCCUGGCCCGACCACUACAGGCAUUCGUUCCACCCUAUCCAAGUGCUCCACCUUUGUUCGCUGCGUCGCCAGCCCGUCGUUCCUUAGUGCAAGCAGAUUACGAUCUAUUGGAAGAGGUGUGCGGCGUGUUGGAAUCUCUCUGUCUGGACGUGGAGGAUGUACGGCUCUCCCUUGCACGAGGGCUGACGUUCCCUGCCGAACAUGGAGGCGUUCCAUGCUUGGCGACUAUGCUCACAUUCGUGGAUAAGGCUGAUUACCCACCAUAUUGGUCUUCGGAACCUUCCGCUGAGCGAGCAGCGAUGGAGAAGAAAUUUGCUAUUUGCAAAGCGGCCAUCGUGAAAGCGGUGGUAGAAACUGCUGGAGAAGAUAAGAAUGCGGACAUUCUGUGGGAUGAUUCAGAUCCCGCCAAACCUGGAGGAGAGUUCAUCAACACUAUGGUGCAAUGGAUACGUGCGCACAAGGAUCCGAAGGAGACAAAUAGGGACGAUUUGAUCAUCUGCGCAACGCUCAGCUUGGGUAACCUUGCACGGCGAGACGCUCACUCGACUGCACUCAUACAGCCGCCGAUCUCUCUCGCACCCGAUUUGGCUACGAUCCUCGAACCUGACACCGAUAUCAAGGUAAAGCAUGGUGUAGUUGGACUAUUGAAGCACCUCGCCCAGUCGGCCGGGAACAGAACCGCGUUGGGUAAAGCACAGAUCAUACAGAAGCUAGCAUCCUCUCAAGUCUGGGGAGAGAAGGCGGACAUCGCAGAGUUGGUGCAAGUGUCUGCAAUUGGCACAGCCAAACACAUGUGCAAUGGGGAUGCCGAGAAUGCGUUAGCCCUAAUUGCACCGCCUUCGGGCAGUCCGGCACUGUCGGGCAUGGAUCAGAUCCUCGCACUAGUCCGCCGUUCGGAUUCAAUUGCCGUAAAGAGCGAGGGCACGCGUGUACUCGUCAACGUCAUCAAGGCUCUUUGGUCGAACGACGUGGUGUCCAAGGAUGGCAAGGCGAAACGGCAGAAAGCCAUGGCAGUCGUUGCAACUCCUGCAACUGCCUCUGCCCUGGCACGGCUGAUUGGGCGGAGCAAACGGUAUCCGAUCCUCAUCAAUGAAGGCGUGGUGGCUUUGUCUCUUCUCAGCAUGCACAUUAACGGCGGUACAAUGGUGCUUGACGCUAUCCUCAACCCUUUGCCGAGCGAGGUUAUUCGUUCCACCCUGUCUCUCUCUCAGCCGGCGUCUGCCAUAUCGUCAGACGGCUCCCCAGUUGCAGACCUACACAGCGCAUUGGACAUGCUCGUGGUGGUGCUCAAGAAUACCGAUAAUAAUUUUGCGGUUGAGAUCAGCGCCAAUGUGUGUGCACUUCUCGGUCAAUUGGGCAGGAAAGGCGUUGUGAGUCCGGACAGAGUUGAUGAUGUUGCGAGGAUGAAGUUGUGCACCAAGGAGCUUCUCGAGACUGCUGCUGCCAACAGGGAUGGCGGUGCAAGGAUGCUGAGUGCUGCUGCCAAGAGGGCUCUGGAGGCCUUCGCUUGA